GGUAGGAAUACCUUACCUUGGUGAUGGACGUGACCAAUUGCAGCAAAGCCGCAUGCAAAACGACGAUGGAGGCAGGUCGCGCAAUAUCCGAUGCAUCGGGGUUAAGGGCGCUCUUGAUGACGUCAGCAAAAUUUCUGCCAGCGAUGCGCACACUCAAUGCCUCAACUGUGACUUUGGUCUGGUGGAAGUUGAAUGGAACAUCAUUAGCCACACCGUCUGACCUAUUGCUUGGGCAAAGUUGGACCCCUAACUCAUCAUCAGCCUCUCUGGAAUAAGGUACGUUUCUGUUGUCUGCCAUUCGAUCAACCUUGAGGUUGUGGCAACCAACCAACUGAGCCACACCAGAGUCAUCCUCAACUGGAAGAGUCAUCGGGAUUAGGGGAUCUUCUGAGGCACCAAAACGAAGCGCAAGAGCAUUUGCAGAGGCUCUUUCCGGGACAAACCCUUCUUCUUGGUUGCAUGAUCAAGAGCUUGCAGCGCAGACUCCAAAUAGGAUAUUUCAAUUUCCGGAGCAUUUCAAGCAUUCUAUCCGUACUGUCUAGAAACUCGGCAGCUCCAGCUACCCCGGAUCUACCCCGGGCCCAGAUUUCCCCGGCCCCGGUUCCGACGCCGUCCUUCUCAACUCCCGCCCCCCUACCCACCCACUCAGCCCAGACACUGCUCCCAGCCGACACCACAAUGGCCACAUUCGCAACCCCUCUGCCGCAAUCAAGCCGGUCCGAGAUCCUCGAAUGGCGCUUCCCCAAACCCUACCACCAAUACGUCUUGACCGGCAAGUCCAGAGCAGCAUGGCACACCUCCUUCGUCAUCCCCCAACUCAACCUCCUUCUCGAUGCAGGCCUCGUCGUGAACAACCUACGCCCGAAACACAUCUUCAUCACCCACGGCCACUCAGACCACUGCCUCCUCGCCCCGGCCUUCACCAAGCGCGAAGACCCACCAGACAUCUUCUGCCCCGUCGAGAUGAAGAAGGCUUUUGACGACUUUUGCCUAGCAAAGACCCUCCUCAACCGCGGCGGUCUCACGACCAGCAGCGACGCCGAGGCCGUGGGUCUCAAGGUCGACGGCAAGGGCACCGACGAGGAGGGCAGGACGGAAGGGGAGAGGGCCUUUCUGGGAACGCACGUCACGACGGCCGUCAAACAUGGCGACGUGGUACCGCUGCGACGUCUCAAGGGCAUGGACGCCCUCGUGUUCCAGUGCGACCAUAACGUCCCCGCUGUGGGCUACGUCUUCCGGACAACGACGCACAAGCUCAAGGCCGAGUACACCUCGCUCCCCGGCUCUGAGCUCAAGAGCCUGCGGCAGUCGGGCGUAGAGCUGACGGCACCCGUGACGACACCCGUGUUUGCGUUCCUUGGGGAUACGACGGCGUCGACGCUGGCUGCUGAGCCGGAGUGGUUGGCGCAGGGAAUUCCAGUGGUGAUUACCGAGUGCAGUUUCUUGUUUGAUGAGCAUGAUGCGCAGGCGGAAAAGACGAAGCAUACCAAGUGGAAGGAUCUCGACAAGGUAGUGCGCAAGUGGCCCAGGACGACGUUUAUUUUGACGCACUUCAGUAUGAGGUAUAGUAACAAGGAUGUUGUUGCUUUCUUCAAUGGGUUGGAGGAUCCGCCAAAGAAUAUUGUCGUUUGGGCAGAUGGACAACCAGAGUAAAGGGGUCAGAUGGGAUAGAGACAGCAUUGAUAGAGGUCGUUUGUAUGAAUCAAGCGAGAGAUACUUAAUUCUUAGAUGAGUAGAUGCCAAGAACAUCCAGAGCAUUUAUAAACUAGGGACUCUUUCAUAGACUAUCAAACCCCGAUAGACACGCUAAUAUGAUGAGGCAUACACACUGACA